CGGUAUCACCAGCAGGCGCGAUCCACGCUUUUGAAUAUCGAGAGAGGUUUGGAGUUUUGUUGGGCUUGUGUGUCUUCGGUCGCAUCGAAUUUUGCGAUGUGUUUUGUGGCUCUGACUGAGAUUUUGUGUUUAGUGAAUUAUCUUGUAAUUUUGUGAUAUAGACUAAUUUAAUCUCUUGCCCGUUGCCCCCAUUGCCAUCCGCCGCCCAAAAAGGAAGACCAACCAAAAGGAACUCAGCCGCCAGCCACCGCCAAGCCCUCAAUUGAAUUUUCGCUAAGCGCAACAGAAAACAACUAAUCCAUACAUCGUAGAAUGGUAGAAGGUGAUCCUGCUUCAAAACCCAAGCUUGACUGUGAUGUAAAAGACGAGCGAGUUGCUAACGGCUGCGGAUCAAAGGAUCUCGAGUUAGCGAACUUUGCAACACUAAAGGACUUAGGCAAACUUCCGGAUGUAGAGAAGGGAAGCAGCGACAAAGCUGACUUCGAACGGGCCAUUGAAUUGUCCAGCUAUGGAAAGUUCCACUACCUCCUGUUAGCAGUAUGCGGCUUCGUGAGCACGUCGGAAGAGAUGGACGUCAUCUCGAUGUCGUUCAUCCUUCCAUCGGCUCAGUGCGACUUAAAACUCAACACCCAGACGAAAGGAUGGCUAAAUUCCAUUAUUUUUAUUGGAAUGAUGGCCGGCGCCUACACCUGGGGAUCGGUUGCUGACGCACUUGGUCGUAAGAAGGUGCUCAUCGCGAGUUCGUUCAUGAACGCCAUAUGCAUCGUUGCGUCCAGCUUCAGUCAGUCAUAUGAGCUGUUCAUGUUCUUCAGAUUCCUAAAUGGGGCGGCAUUGGGGGGCAGCGGGCCAGUAAUAUGGUCUUACUUCGCAGAAUUUCAGCCGAAGUCCAAACGAGGUUCGAUGUUGUCGUUCAUGGCGGCAUUUUGGACGUUAGGCAAUUUGUUUGUAGCCGGUCUCGCCUGGCUAAUCAUACCUCAAGAUAUCGGUGUUGUGACAUCCACUUUCGUGUACAACUCAUGGAGGAUAUUCCUUUUGAUUUGUGCCAUCCCUUCGUUCAUCGUGGCAGCUUUGCUGUGCUUCCUGCCGGAAAGUCCGAAGUUUUUGCUGACACGCGGCAAAAGCGAGGAGGCACUGGCGAUUUUCAAGCACAUUUAUCACGUCAACACCGGCAAGGAUCCCGAAGACUAUCCGGUGAAACAUUUGAUAUUAGAGGAAAGUCACAAGUCAAUCGAGCAAGAAACAAAGGAAGCCAAAAGAUCUAAAUACAGGAACAUGCUCAGUGAUAUUGUAGAUAACAGCAAGCAACUCUUCGUUUCACCAGUAGUCAAGUUUACCUUCAUCUCAAUUACAAUCAACUUUACAUUCCACAUUGGUUACUACGGUUUGAUGAUGUGGUUCCCGGAACUCUUCAAUCGUUUCGACGAGUAUGCCAGAGUGCACCCGGGCGAAAGCGCUUCCGUAUGUAAAGUGACGGAAUUCGUGGUGCAACAGGGCAGUCAGCAACACGGAGGCACGUGCUCCGACAAAAUCGGCAGCGCCGUCUUCAUGGAGUCCUUGAUAACCGUGGCUGCAGCCUUACCAAGCAACAUCAUCGCAGUCUUGGGAAUGGACCGUCUCGGACGUAAAUUCUUCUUGGUUUUCAGCACGAUGUCUUCCGGACUUUGCGCAGCUUCCAUGUAUUUCGUGUACAACAAAACUCACAACUUAAUUGUGUCGGCAGUGUUCAGCAGCGUUAUUUCAUGCGGUAACGCCGCUCUGGAUUGCUUAAUUACAGAAAUCUUCCCAACAAAUCUCAGGGCAACGGGUGUGGCUAUUUCGAUGGUGGCAGCUCGUUUAGGUGGUAUUAUUGGUAACAUCGUUAUUGCUACUUUGCUGGACAUGUACUGUCCAGCUCCAACAUUCAUCGUUGCAGCGUUGUUGAUUGGUGGAGGUCUCCUCUGCCUCUUCUUGCCAAACACCACUCGCGCACCAUUGUCUUAAAUUCGUAUCGAGAAGGAUGUGUAAUAAAACAGGACUAAAUAUUUAAUUUGUUAUUAUUAGAUCGUUCAUUAAUGUUAUAUUCCUAUCAUUGUUCAGCAUUGCAUUUGUAGAUAAAAGAAAUGUAUUUCAUGUAGUAUUAUUUCAGUAUAGUUUUGUUCACUUAGUUGGUAUUCAUAUUUUUUCAUUAUUGUAUUGUAUUAUACUUAUAAUAAAAUUUUAGAACUCAA